GAAGAAUCUUCAUUUCAUUUGAUUUUUUCAGUAAUUUUACCCUCCCAUUUGAUCAACAUUCUCCAUUAUCAUUGCCAUGACAUCAACAAUCCGUCCAAAAUGUUCUUAACUUUUGCUUCCAUCAUCGUAUUCUCAUCAAUCAUCCGUUUCUUGAAUCGCCGUCGCCAAUGUUUGAGCUCCAUGAAUCCAGGAGAGAUGAUCCGCAGCAAGAAGUCAGGCCUUUGUAUCGUCCCGCAAAUCCGUGUUUGGCUUUGCAACCUUUUCUUGGGUUUGGAGAUGGCCAUUGGGGCAUGCUUUGGUGUUUCCCCUUUCUCUUUUCGCAGAAGAAAAUUUUCUGCAUUAAUGGAGGAAAAGGAAAUGUUUGGGGAGGUGGAAAACAAGAAAAGGGAUCCUCAAGCAAAGUGUAAAAAUGGAGAAUUCAAGGUGAUGACAGAGCUGAGGAACAAGACACUCGCCUUACGGGACCUACUUGACCUGUCUCCCUGCGUGGGCUCCACAUCCGUACACGAUCUGCUGGUACUGACAUUGGAGGAUCUGGGCGCACUCUAUCCUUGUGCCCAACAAUUCCAAGUGUCUGACACUGAAAAGGCAACCUUGGAUCAGAUACUAAAUUCCUUCUGCAAUGCUAUGAAAUCAAUUGGUGAGAUGUGGACAGGAAAUGACGAGUGGAUGAUCAAAUCCAACAACGGUUCGUUCAACCUUGAAAUUAAAAACUCGGAACAUCACGCAAUCUUGAUGCUUGAAGACAUGAUUAAGCUAGCAAGUGAGAGGGUGUUUGAUGGAGAAGAAGAAGAGGAGGAGAUGGUGGACAGUCCAAAUGCAUUUAGCACGCUUUUGUCGGAACCUUGUUCUCCGGUUACCCCUACUUCUGUCCUUCCUGAGAUGUUCAAUGUUCCAAGUUACAGAAGAAUGGGGUGUUGUUCGACACCGAUUCACACGCCACUGCGAGUCAAAACAGCUCGAACGCUUAGCCCUGUUGGUGCGAGACACCUCUCGUGCCACAUGCUUCCUCGUUUGUCGGAUCAAGAUUCCAAGGUGCUAGCGAGAUUCGAGGACUUUCCAACAAAGAAGCUGGAGGCAUUGAGGAUGGCAGCAACCCUCUAUUCCAAGCUAGAUGGUAUAGCCUCUACCUUACAACAAUGGCCAAAAGCAUCACCUGUUGGACAACUUCUUGAGAAAUCCGAGAGUUACAUCAACAAGAUCAAAGGGGAUUUGGAGAAGAUAGAACAGACUAAAGACGAAGAGGAAAAGAAAUACGCAAGUCACAAAAUCAGAUUUGAUUUUUCCGUCCUGGUACGCAUCAAAGAGUAUAUGGUGGAUGUGUCCUCAAACUGUAUGGAGUUGGCACUCAAGGAGUGGAGGGACUCAAAUGCAAUGGAGAAAGAAGCAGCGGGUGGAGGGAAAAAGGGGUCAUCUGGGAAAAUGCUCUGGAAGGCAUUCCAAUUUGCAUACCGGAUUUACACGUUUGCCGGGGGACUUGAUGAUCGCGCCGACAAGCUGACAAAAGAACUUGCUCAUGAGAUUGAGAAAGAACCCAAUCCUUGAACACUUCGAAAAGAACAGAAACUAACAACAAAUGACUUGUAGCAAAUGUUGAUGAGUCUUGAAGGUGAUACUAGAGAUUGUUAUGGU